AAUUUGAGCUGUUCGUUAGAUUAAGAAAAUAAUGAGGAGAAAAUGUUGCUUAGCGUGCCAUAUAAAAUGCUUUAAUUCCAAAUAUUCAUUUUAAAAAUUGGUGAAUGUUGUUUUCAAUACUAUAUAAUCUGUGCUUUCAGCUGUCCGCUGCGACUAUGUGGAGUCUAUUCGCAGUGGACAUGAAAUAUGCCUUGGAAGAACACGAGCAACAUCGGUUGUGCAAAUCCUCAGCUUAUAUGAACCUGCAUUUCAAAGUCAAAUGGCUGUAUACCAACUACGUGAAAGAUGUACCACCAUAUAAAGGUUCAGUGCCAGAAUAUCCUUCAUGGUUUGAGCCCUUCGUGAUGCAGUGGUUGAAUGAGAAUGACGACGUUUCCUUAGAAUAUCUGCAUGGAGCAUUCAAUAGGGACAAAAAGGAUGGGUUCCAAAAGAGCAGCGAACACGCGCUGUUCUCCAACUCAGUAGUAGACGUGUUCACGCAGUUGACGCAGUGCUUCGAUGUCGUGUCGAAAUUGGAGUGUCCAGAUCCGGAAAUAUGGAAACGCUACAUGAAAAGAUUCGCCAAGACCAUCGUAAAAGUCCUCAUCGCAUAUGCCGAUAUUGUCAAGAAGGAGUUCCCUGAACACCUGAAGGAAGAGAGGAUAGCCUGCAUACUGAUGAACAACAUCCAACAACUGAGGGUUCAGUUAGAAAAGAUGUUUGAAUCUAUGGGUGGUGACAGGUUAGAACAGGACGCAGCUAACAUCUUGAAUGAGUUGCAGCAAACACUGAAUGGUUCAUUAGAUGAACUAGCUCACCAGUUUGCAUGCAGCUUGGAGCCUCGAAUAACAGCUAGCGUGAAGGAGUUAUCCGACCUACUGUCAGCUAUUAAAGGAGGCGGUCAUACUAUUGGAGCUGCACAACCACCUGGAGCUGUUGCAGCUGAGGCUGACGAGGUGUUGCGACCACUGAUGGACCUCCUAGAUGGUUCCCUGUCAUUAUAUGCUCAAUCAUGUGAGAAAACGGUGCUGAAACGUUUGCUGAAAGAACUAUGGAAGAUAGUGAUGAGGAUAUUGGAGAAAACUGUUGUACUUCCACCUAUGACUGAUAAAACUAUGAUGUUCAAGAGUUUGACAGACAAUGCUAAGAACUUAGCAGCGAACACUAAGAUUGAAGACAUGUCAAGGCUGUUUAAAAAUCAUAUGACUGGAAAGCAAGACGUCAAGAAUGCUCUCAGCGGGGUUAUGGAUAUAUCAAAGGACUUCGAAAAGAACUUGUCACCAAAGCAGUGUGCCGUUCUUGAAGUCGCUCUGGACACCAUCAAGCAGUACUUCCAUGCUGGAGGCAAUGGUCUCAAGAAGGCGUUCUUAGACAAGAGUCCUGAGCUGCAGAGCCUUAGGUACGCCUUGUCUCUGUACACCCAGACGACGGAUACGCUCAUCAAGACCUUCGUCACCACUCAAAUCAAUGAAGAUUCAAUCGAUGGUCAAGAAGGAAGCGUUGGGGAAGUGUCGAUUCAGGUUGACCUGUUCACGCAUCCUGGGACUGGAGAGCACAAGGUCACUGUUAAAGUUGUCGCAGCGAACGAUUUGAAAUGGAACGUACCAUCCGGAAUGUUCAGACCUUUCGUGGAAGUUAAUCUAAUUGGACCAAACCUCUCCGAUAAGAAGAGGAAGCAUGCGACAAAAUCCAAGUCGAACAACUGGUCACCAAAGUACAAUGAAACAUUCCACUUCAUGAUUGGCAAUGAGGAACAGUUAGACUGUUAUGAACUCCAUAUCUGCGUCAAAGACUAUUGCUUCGCAAGAGAAGAUAGACUCGUGGGCGUAGCUGUGAUGCAGCUUAAAGAUAUUGUUGAAAAGGGGUCAUGUGCUUGCUGGUUGUCACUAGGCAAGCGAAUUCAAAUGGACGAGACCGGCUGGACUAUCCUGAGGAUUCUGUCGCAACGCACAAAUGACGAGGUCGCCAAAGAAUUCGUGAAGCUCAAGUCAGAUAUCAGGCAGGAGAAUCCUCUGGCAUAAAUGUGCACGUAGCUACUGAAAAGAGGAAAAUAGCCAUUUUCAGUUCACCUCAUGGUACUGCUCCAGUACAAAUUACUUGACACAAGAAGAAAUGGUUGUUUAUUAUCAGUCAGUGGUGCCUGAGUGUAAAAAGCUGUCGUAAUGAUCACAGCGUAGAUUCAGUAAGAUGAACGUACCUGAUAAUAGGAGCUUUCACUUUUUAUAUACUUGAUUAUAGAGGUCAAAUACACAGGGUAUAUCAACCUUUUGAUAAACGAGAUUUUAUUCGAGAGAUGGAAGGUAUAUGUUUAAAAUAACAGAUGUAAUUAUAUAUAAGUAUAUCGUGAUACAAUUCACUUUAGAUGGAGUAGUAUAAUGAAUAGUAAGAAGACAAUUGAUAUCAUGAAAUGCUUAGCCUAGAACAUCGGCAAUGAAAUCGUUUGAAGACCAAAAUGUAGAUUCUAAAAGAAAAUAAAGUUCUCCAAAUCCAUUAUAAACGGAAUUACGAAUGAAAAAAAUGAAAAUGAAAUGCUAUGCUUGUUAAACGUACAAGCAUGCAUUUAUCUGAAUGUUUGUCACUUCCUUUGAAAACAUUUAAACUGAAACUAUUGCUCUUUGUCAUAAAUGUUCAACUUACUCUGUCUACAAUACAAACAAAGGCUUCCGGAAAAUAAUACCAAACCAGGAACAAUAUCAAUAAAGUUACCAAACAGACUUGAGCGAAGUGCUUUAACCUGUACAAAAAACAAAAACUCUGUACAUUUAAGUGGACCCGUCCUAUCAGACUGAAGACGUACGAGAAUACAUAAUACACCACCAUGUUACAUUAUGAUAAUGUUUAAUGUGCCUCCCAGCUGAACGUUCAACAAUAAUAUUUAUGAGUUGAAUUGUAAUAAUCCACUGUUAUUGUGAUCGUCCCCCAUUCAUUAACUAUACCUUGUAUCAUGACAACUGUAAGUCAUUAUAGUCAUCACUGCUACAAGCACUUCAGAUAGCUUUUUUUGUUUGAACAGUUAGUGUCCACUUUAUCACGAUAGGAUGAUAGAUAGUUGGACUCAUGUUUAACAAAGGAGGCUAUCUUCAUUCUUAGACCAUUUUCUACUAAAUACAAGUUGUACAUAAGCACAAAAAUGUUAUGUAUGUCAUCACAGGAUCCUUUCUACAUAAAUUGCCAUUAAGUUUGGAACAAAAGGACCUAUCUUCCUUAGGAAUUAUAUCUUGGAUGGUAUACAAACAUGUUUGCACUGAACGUACAACGUUAAGUACAUUUCACUGUAAAAAUCUGUAAAAAGAUGCAACAGCAUGCAUCCCUUUUACAUAACUCAUAUGUUUGAAAUGUGAUUCAAUUUAGGAAUAAGUAAAAAAUUUAUAAGUAAAAAAUAACGGCAUGGUAUAUAAAAAUAAUUCGUUAUUUCAACCAUGCUUGAAUCACCACAUAUAUUUUCUAUUUGUUGAAUUGGUAUCUCCCUGUGUGCACAUUCUAACAGUAUUGCAACCAAAAAUUGAAAUCAGUAUUACAAGUAAAUGUACGGUUGUUCUAAGUGUUUGUGAUGUCGUUUAAUUUCGUUUUUGGCUUAUCUUAUUCAAAUAAAUCAUUCAUCUUGAAAAGUGUUUAGUGGGAAAAUCGGUUAAUUCCACUUCUCCGUAAACUAAAACAGAGUACCUGAAUAUUAACCAGUAUACGCAGAAAUAUCACUUCUCUCAACCUCAGGACUUUAUUUUGUAUAGUUAACGUUAAUGGAAAAAAUUAGUUUUACGAAAGUUCAAAAGACAAUAUAGAAAUUGCUAGAAAACUGAUUGCUCUCAUACAUUUUUCAAGGUGGAUCGGUUUGAACUAAGGAACUUUGAUAUAAAAAUGCGCCAUUUCGUUCUAGGUAAUUUCAAAGAAAGUAUACAUGGAAGUCUGAGAGAGAAAGAAAGAGAGCAAAAUAUAAUGGUUAUUGUACCUUCAUAAUUUGUAUGUUACAUCAUUUUUUGCUUAAAAUGACCAUGCGCAGACUAAAGGAUACUUCAGACGCGAUUCCAUAAAGGUUGCCAGUUUGACGGGCUCAAUGACAAAUAAGAAUUUAAUACUGUCAAGUUCCUGAAAAUCACUGACAAUAUUUAUGUUUGUCCUAAUAGUCUAAUCGUAUUAGCAAAUUUCCCCGAAAUUAUAGUAAAGUCUGGUUUCAUUGGUGCAAGUUGUUCAAGGGGGUAUUUAAAACAUGGACGCAUAAAAUGGGUACACCAUUUUUUGUGGGAAAACUUUCUAUUUGGCAACAAAGAAUGAGAAAAAUGUUAUGGCCGAAAAACGAGGCAAAAUGCAGGUUUUGGCACUUGUUGACAAUGCGACAAUAAUUUCACGCAAUUACUUGAAAUUCUUUAAAUCCGUAAGACUCAUGCUUCUAAAUAACACCAACACUACAGCGCAUUUGAUAGCAAAAUACACGUGUUUACCUUGCCGAUAUUAAUCACAAACCAUUCCGAAAGUUAAAUAUUAUUUUGGUGUGAAAAACAAAUGUUACGUUUUUUUCUUCUAAACAAAUUCAAACAUUUCACAUUUGUGAGUAAUUGAACAAAUGCGCUACGAUAUUCGAAAAACAUACGUUACUAUACACAUUUUAAAACAAAGCGGAUGUGUGUAUCAUCUUUUGUUACGAACAACUCACAAAUACGAAAUCUUUGAAUUUGUUUAGAAGAAAAAACGUAACCCAUCCUUUUCAGCAUAAAAAUAAUAUUUAUCUUUGGGCAUGGUUUGCGAUUCAUAGGGCAAGGUAAGCUAGUGAAUUUUGAUAUGCCAUGCCCUUUGAACUAUAUUGCUCAAUAGACUAGUAGCGAUGGCCGGAAAACAGGUGUUUUGGGAUAAACAAUUAGAGAUUCUCAAAAACUACUUGACCAAUCUACGCCAAUUUUGCUGUGGUUAUUUAGAAGUACGAAUCCUACGAAUUUGAAAAAUUUCAAAUAUCUGCCAGAAACCAUCGUCGCAUUAGCAACAAGUGCCAAAACCUGCUGUUUGCCUCGGUUUUCAACCAUAACUUUUUAGGUGUGAUCUCAUCUUGUAGGUUUCAUAAAUACCUAAAAAUCUUAUAUAAAAAGUUUUUUCGUUACUAUCAACACGUUCGAUUAAAUCCCCAAAAAUGCGU